AUGUGUGGAGGAGGCAAACACGACGCUCAACAGCAACAGCCAGGGGGCGAGACCCUGGCCUUCCCCGGGCAUCUCUACAGCCAGUUAACAGAUGCGCAUUGCCACAUUCAGGAUGAUCGUCAGAACAUCAACAGCCUGGUCCAUUCGUGGUCCUCAUCAAGCGACAAAAGUACCAGCAGCGAUGCGACAGUGGCACCUUUAUUGACCGGAAAGGUCUGUCUUAUGGGCGUCCAACCCUCCAAGGAUCUUGGUCUCCCCGUCCAGGACGAUGGGUCAAUAUCCAUUAGUACCGCCGCCCUCUCCUUGAACUCGUCCUCGAAGGUACUUGGCUUACCUACUUCGGCAUCAGAGGAGUACUUGCGCGACUUGUCGAAACGACUACCUGAGCCCCGAGCACUUGAGCCGGCAUUGAAGGAACUGCGGCGGCAGCUGGAGGCACACCCACAUGCGGUCGUCGGAGAGAUUGGGUUGGACAGGACCGCGCGUGUACCAGAGCCCUCGAUACCAUCGUCGUCAUCAACAACAGCAACAACAACAGCAGGGUGCGAUAACGGCGAUAAGGAGAAGAAGGAUCCGAACCAGAAGCGGACCACCUUGGCAUUGACGUCGAUUCAGCAUCAGCUGGACAUUGUGCGGGAGCAACUUAAAUUGGCCGCAUCCCUGAAUCGAGCGGUCAGUUUCCAUUGUGUCCAAGCGUAUGGCCAUUGGCACGAUUUCUUGAUUCAGGAGGGCAGGCGGCUGAAGCAGAUGGAGGCCGGUAACGACUACCAAUUGCAGCUGCAGCAGAUUCAUGCGUCUGGAGGCACUGCGGCGAUCUCACCGAUCAGUCCGUCGGGGAUUCGGUUGAGCAAGAAGAGUGCAGCGCGGUUGAGGAAGGAGGCCAGGGAUGCGGCGUGGGAGAGGCAUGUGGCUUCGACACUUCAGGAGUCAUCGGAUGAGGACGAGGACGAUGAGGAGAGCGGAGACGACAAGGACGAGAGCAGGAGCGGCGACGAUGGAUCUAAGAGUGUUGCAUCUUCGACUCUGAAUGCGGUGACGAUGACGACGACAACGGCCGCAGGAACAAGUGGUACGGAUGAAUCAACAGUGGCUCCAAAGUACGAACCAGUUCUCCCACCUCGGCUCUGUAUGCACAGUUAUGGUGGCUCGAUCGAUAUGCUGAAGGCGUUCACGAAACUUGAUCACCCGCCCGAGAUUUUCUUCUCGUUCUCGAUCCUGAUCAAUGGACGGCUUCAGGAGAAGAAGUUGAGGGAGCUAAUCUUGGCGGUUCCAGAGGAUCGGUUGUUGAUCGAAUCGGAUCAUCACUCGCAUACACAGGUGGAUCGGCUAUUGGUCGAGAUGGCGUCCAAGGUGGCCGAGAUCCGUGGAUGGACCAUUGAGAAGACCGUGGAGAGAUCGGCAAGGAAUUGGCAGCGGUUUGUUUAUGGAUGAAGGAAAGAAAAGAGUGCAUGAGAGGGUGAAGGUCGAGAUGAGAAACAGGGGCGAGCCCAAUCAUGCAUAAAAUCGCGCAUGUGUAGGCGAGGGAAGAGGAGGAGGAGGAAGUGCGAUGGUGCAUGCGCGCGUGAGAGAGAUAUAGAGAUAGAGAGACGGAAUAUGAAUGGCGGCAGAUCACAAAGGCGCUACUACAGAGCACAAGAAGGUCGCGCGAGGGAAAUGAUUGUUCAUACUGUCCAUAUUUAGGAAUGUAAGGAGUUACAAGGUAGUUGAGCAGGAAAGAAAGGCAUCGUGUGGUGCGUUAGGUUACCCGAUGAAUCCAUGACACCAUCUCGAAAUAAACAAAGAGGCAUCCUUCGGCUAUUUACGACGAACGCCUCGGCAAAGCGGCAUGCAUGGAGACGAUGGCGGGAACGGACAGCGCGAGAGCAGGGGUACGAGAGGAGUAAG